AGUUUUUCCGUUAACGAAAUGCAACCUAUCGAUCCGAACAAUGACACGGCCACCUCUUUUGUGGUGUUGGGGGCCUCGGGGAAGCUGGCCAAGGAGAAGAUCUUUCCGGCCCUGUGGGCCCUCUACAGGGACAAUCGGCUGCCGCAGGGCACCAGGAUUUUCACCUACUGCCGAACGAAGCUCCACACGAGAACCUUCCGGCUGACGUGUGCACCCUACAUGGACCUGGACCCGGAGCGCGAUCCCCCGAAGUUCAACAUUUUCUGGACGACGGUGCACUGUGUCCAGGGGCAGUACGACCAAGCGGACGACUACGUGGCCCUCACCGAGGCCAUGGUGCGGCAGGAGACGAAGCACAACCAGGUGUAUGCGAAUCGCAUCUUCUACCUGGCCCUGCCCCCCAUCACCUUCGAUCACGUGACCCUCAACUUGGGCCGAAUGUGUAAAUCGCCGUUGGGCUGCACUCGGAUUGUGGUGGAGAAGCCCUUCGCCAGGAACGAUCUCACCUUCAAGCCCUACCAGACACUGCUGUGUCAGUCCUUCAAGGAGUCGCAGAUCUACAUGAUCGAUCACUACCUAAGCAAACAGAUCUCGCAGAACCUGUUCGGCCUGCGCUUCGCCAACAACCUCUGGUCGGAGACACUGAACAACCGUCAUGUGGCCGCCGUGUUGAUAACCUGGAAGUGCGAGAAGCCGGUGAAGGACCAUGCGGAAUACUUCAACUUCUACGGCAUCAUUCGCGACGUUAUGACCAAUCACAUGAUGCAGCUCUUGGCUCUGGUGGCCAUGGACAAGCCCUACUCGAACACCAUCGACGACCUGCGAGACGGGCGACUCAAAAUAUUUAAGGAUGUGGUCACCCCCGACAUGGGGGACGUGAUCAUCGGCCAGUACCGCCGAUCGGAGACCGAUCCCGAAAAGAUGGGCUACACGGAGCACAGCUACAUACCCAAGGACUCUAUGACGCCCACAUUCGCUAUGGUCGUGCUGCAUAUCAAGAGCAGGCGUUGGUCCGGAGUGCCAUUCAUCCUGCGUGCCGGCAAGGCCAUGAACGACACCAAGAUAGAGGUGAGGAUGCAGUACAAAUCGGUGGCGUGCGACGAGGGGAACAGCAAGGAUCUGGACAUCAGGAACGAGCUGGUCCUGAGACUCGCACCCUUCGAGGAGAUCUUCAUGCGGCUGCGACUGAAGCAGCCCGGAGAGGAGCUCUGUCUGAAGGAGGCGGCCCUCAAUCUACGAGUGGACGAGCGAGACACCAAGUACAUGCCGAACUUCCGCAGCCAAAUCCUGGACAUCCUCAAGGGCAACCAGAGCAUGUUCAUGCGCACCGAUGAGCAGUGCGAGAUCUGGCGCAUCUUCUCGCCCAUCCUGCAGAAGAUCGACCUGGACCGACCCAAGCCCCUGCCGUACAAUUUUGGAUCACGGGGUCCACUGCUCGCCUACCGCAAGGCUGAGCGGGUCGGGUUCGUAUUCUUCACGUCCGAUGAGUGGCGCGAGAGCAAGGAGAACCUGGACUAUACGGUAAAGAGCAGCAGGAUCCUGAGUGGACCGCACUAUUCGUUGAAGCCCAACCGAAAGCCGGCCAAGUUGAAGCCCAGCGAAAUCUAA